GAAGUCCGCCGUCCUCGGCGCGCGCCCGCCCGCGGCAGGGGAACCGAGGGGGCAGGAAGCGAAGCAAGUCCCCGCUGCGUUGUUUUGGGCCCCCCGGGCCGAAGGGGUGAAAGGAAGGGGAGGGAGAAACAAACCUACGUAGCGGAGGCUGCGCGCGGCCCUCGCCGCCUGCGUGCGUACGUGCGUGCGCUCGCUCGCGCGGGCUCCGUGCUGGCGCGUGAGGCGGAGGCGGGCGGCGGCGGCGCCUGCGCGGUCGGGCUCGGUCGACGGUUCGCAGGGGAGGAGGCGGCGGGAGGCGGAGGAGGCGGCGGCGGCGAUGGAGGUGAAGCGGCUGAAAGUGACCGAGCUGCGGUCGGAGCUGCAGCGGCGGGGCCUGGACUCGCGCGGCCUCAAGGUGGAUCUGGCGCAGCGGCUGCAGGAGGCGCUGGACGCCGAGAUGCUCGAGGACGAGGCCGGCGGUGGCGGGGCCGGGCCCGGCGGGGCCUGCAAGGCGGAGCCUCGGCCUGUGGCCGCGUCGGGCGGCGGCCCGGGCGGGGACGAGGAGGAGGACGAAGAGGAGGAGGAGGAGGAAGACGAGGAGGCGCUGCUUGAGGACGAGGACGAGGAGCCACCCCCUGCCCAGGCCUCGGGCCAGCCCGAGCAGCCGCCGCCGGAGCCCCCAGAGGCGGCAGCCAUGGAGGCCGCGGCCGAGCCUGAUGCUUCCGAGCAGCCAGCGGAGGAGGCGACGGCCGGGUCAGGUGGGGUAAACGGUGGCGAAGAGCAGGGCACCGGCAAAGGGGAGGAAGACGAGCCGGAGGAGCGGAGCGGGGAGGAGACGCCGGGAUCCGAAGCGCCUGGUGACAAGGCCGCGGAGGAGCAGGGAGAUGACCAAGAUAGUGAAAAGUCAAAACCAGCAGGCUCAGAUGGUGAGCGGCGGGGGGUAAAGAGACAGCGGGAUGAGAAGGAUGAACAUGGCCGAGCUUACUAUGAAUUCCGAGAGGAGGCUUACCACAGCCGCUCAAAGUCUCCACCACCCCCUGAAGAAGAGGCAAAAGAAGAGGAGGAGGAUCAAACUCUUGUGAACCUGGACACGUAUACCUCGGAUCUCCAUUUUCAAGUGAGCAAAGACCGCUAUGGAGGGCAGCCACUUUUCUCAGAGAAGUUCCCCACCCUUUGGUCUGGGGCAAGGAGUACUUACGGAGUGACAAAGGGGAAAGUCUGCUUUGAGGCCAAGGUAACCCAGAAUCUCCCAAUGAAAGAAGGCUGCACAGAGGUUUCUCUCCUUCGGGUUGGAUGGUCUGUUGAUUUUUCCCGUCCACAGCUUGGUGAGGAUGAAUUCUCUUAUGGUUUCGAUGGAAGAGGACUCAAAGCAGAGAAUGGGCAGUUUGAGGAAUUUGGCCAGACUUUUGGGGAGAAUGAUGUUAUUGGCUGCUUUGCUAAUUUUGAGACUGAAGAAGUAGAACUUUCCUUUUCUAAGAAUGGAGAAGACCUAGGUGUGGCAUUCCGGAUCAACAAAGAAUCCCUGGCAGACCGGGCCCUCCUACCCCAUGUCCUCUGCAAAAAUUGUGUUGUAGAAUUAAACUUUGGUCAGAAGGAGGAGCCCUUCUUCCCACCACCAGAAGAGUUUGUGUUCAUCCAUGCUGUGCCUGUUGAGGAGCGUGUGCGCACUGCCAUCCCUCCCAAGACCGUAGAGGAGUGUGAGGUGAUUCUGAUGGUGGGACUGCCUGGAUCUGGAAAGACCCAGUGGGCACUGAAAUACGCAAAAGAAAACCCUGAGAAAAGAUACAAUGUUCUGGGAGCUGAAACUGUGCUCAGUCAAAUGAGGAUGAAGGGGCUCGAGGAGCCAGAGAUGGACCCCAAAAGCCGAGACCUUUUAGUUCAGCAAGCCUCCCAGUGCCUUAGUAAGCUGGUCCAGAUUGCUUCCCGGACAAAGCGGAACUUCAUUCUUGAUCAGUGUAAUGUGUACAACUCUGGCCAACGGCGGAAGCUAUUGCUGUUCAAGACUUUCUCUCGGAAAGUGGUGGUGGUUGUCCCUAAUGAGGAAGAUUGGAAGAAGAGGUUGGAGUUGAGGAAGGAAGUAGAGGGAGAUGAUGUGCCUGAGUCUAUAAUGCUGGAGAUGAAAGCCAACUUUUCUCUGCCUGAGAAAUGCGACUAUAUGGAUGAGGUGACAUACGGGGAGCUGGAGAAGGAGGAAGCUCAGCCCAUUGUCACUAAGUACAAGGAGGAGGCCAGGAAACUGCUGCCCCCCUCCGAGAAGCGGACAAACCGCCGAAACAAUCGAAACAAGCGUAACCGGCAGAACCGAAGCCGAGGCCAAGGCUAUGUGGGCGGGCAGCGCCGAGGCUACGACAACCGGGCCUACGGGCAGCAGUACUGGGGGCAGUCUGGAAACAGAGGGGGUUACCGUAAUUUCUACGAUCGAUACAGGGGAGACUACGAUCGAUUCUACGGGCGAGAUUAUGAGUACAACAGAUACAGAGACUAUUACAGACAAUACAAUCGGGAUUGGCAGAAUUACUACUACCACCACCCCCAGGACAGAGACCGAUACUACAGGAACUACUACGGUUACCAAGGGUAUCGGUGAAGCCCCUGCCAUUGUCGCCUGUCAGCCAUGAAGCUGAAUCUCUGGGGGUGCCAGGCACCCCCCAAAACACAACCAAGGAAAACAGGGGCUGUCGGGGUGGGGCUGAGCUGCCGGGG